CGCGGGCCCCGGCGGGGCCCCGGCGCCAGGAGAAAGUAGUCCCGCGGCCUCCCCCUCGCGCCGCUGGAAGGGGUUCGGCGGCGGAGGCGGCGGACGAGGCGUCGCUCGGUGCUGCGGCUUCAGCUGAUAAUUGAAGGGAAGCGAGGCGGCUGCUGCCGGGAGGAGGGAGGCACGGAGCGUCUGCGGAGGCCGCACCGGGACAAACUAGUGAAUGAUAGUGUCUAGAAAGGGUAUGUCCCUUCAGGAGAGAGGUGCCAAUGUCCAACCGGCCUAGUAACAAUCCAGGGGGGUCACUGCGACGUUCACAGAGGAACACUGCCGGGGCCCAGCCACAAGACGACGCAGUAGGAGGAAGGUCACAAUUAGGGCAGGCAAAGCAUAAGGCACAUAGCCCUCCUGAGAGUAGAAAAUCUAUUUCAAAGACACCCAAAGUGCAGUCUAAUACUACUUCUGAACAGUCCAAGGGAUACUUUUCUAAAAGAGGCUGUAGUUCAUCUGCUGUUUUAAUACCACAACAAGAAGAUCCAGAGAGAGUCAAUACUUCAGAAAAGCAAAAAACGGGGCAAGUGCCUAAGAAAGACAAUUCUCGAGGAGUUAAACGCAGUGCUAGUCCAGAUUACAGGAGGACCAAUUCUCCUAGCUCUGCUAAAAAACCCAAAGCACUUCAACACACUGAAACUUCCUCAGAAACUAACAAGCCACAUACUAAAUCUAAGAGAAGACACUCAGACCAAGAGCUGCCCAAGUCUACACAAUUGCCAUCAACAAGCAAGGCUCACACCAGAAAGGGUGGAGCUGCUGGUAGCUCCCGAAGUCAGAAAAGGAAAAGGACAGAGAAUCUGUCUUGUAUAGAGAGUGGGUCAUCAGUUGAAUCAACUGGCACUGAAGAAAAGUCAGCAAAAGUCUCCAAGCUGGCUUCAAAAUCGGUGACCUCAGCCAAAGCUGGGUGUAGCACCAUCACCGAUUCUUCUUCUUCAGCUUCCACCUCCUCCUCCUCUUCUGCUGUUGCCUCUGCUUCUUCUACUGUUCCUCAGGGUGCCAGAGUGAAACAGGGAAAGGACCAGAGUAAGGCUAGACGUUCCCGUUCUGCAUCCAGCCCCAGUCCAAGAAGGAGUAGCAGGGACAAAGAACCAAGUAAAACAGGUGGCUCUUCAAAGUUUGACUGGGCUGCUCGAUUUAGCCCCAAAGUCAGUCUCCCUAAAACAAAACUGUCUCUACCAGGCUCUUCCAAGUCGGAGACAUCAAAACCUGGACCUUCAGGACUACAGGCUAAGCUAGCAAGUCUAAGAAAAUCCACAAAGAAGCGCAGUGAAUCACCACCUGCUGAGCUCCCCAGUUUACGGCGGAGCACACGGCAAAAGACCACGGGCUCCUGUGCUAGCACCAGUCGGCGAGGCUCUGGCCUGGGCAAAAGAGGAGCAGCUGAAGCUCGCCGACAGGAGAAGAUGGCUGAUCCUGACAACAACCAGGAUGGAGUUAACUCUUCAGCUGCACGGACAGAUGAACCUCCCCAGGGAGCUGCAGCUUCUAGUUCUGUUGCUGGAGCUGUAGGUAUGACAACUUCUGGAGAAAGUGAGUCAGAUGAUUCUGAGAUGGGAAGACUACAAGCUCUAUUAGAGGCUAGGGGUCUUCCUCCUCACCUGUUUGGCCCUCUUGGUCCUCGGAUGUCGCAGCUCUUCCACAGGACAAUUGGAAGUGGAGCUAGUUCUAAAGCUCAACAGCUUUUACAAGGUCUCCAAGCCACUGAUGAAAGUCAGCAACUACAGGCAGUGAUUGAGAUGUGCCAGCUCUUGGUUAUGGGAAAUGAAGAAACAUUAGGAGGGUUUCCAGUCAAGAGUGUUGUACCAGCUUUGAUAACACUGCUGCAGAUGGAGCACAACUUUGACAUUAUGAAUCAUGCGUGUCGGGCCUUAACAUACAUGAUGGAAGCACUUCCCAGAUCAUCUGCUGUAGUGGUAGAUGCAAUUCCUGUCUUCUUGGAAAAGCUGCAAGUUAUCCAGUGCAUUGAUGUGGCAGAGCAGGCGCUCACAGCCCUGGAGAUGUUGUCACGCAGGCACAGUAAAGCCAUUCUGCAGGCAGGUGGGUUGGCAGACUGUUUGCUGUAUCUGGAAUUCUUCAGUAUAAAUGCACAAAGGAAUGCACUAGCUAUCGCUGCCAACUGCUGCCAGAGUAUAACACCUGAUGAGUUUCACUUUGUGGCAGACUCUUUGCCACUGCUAACACAAAGGCUAACCCAUCAGGACAAAAAGUCUGUUGAAAGCACUUGUCUGUGUUUUGCACGGCUAGUGGACAACUUCCAGCAUGAAGAGAACUUGCUGCAGCAGGUUGCUUCCAAGGACUUGUUGACAAAUAUCCAGCAGCUCCUGGUCGUGACACCUCCUAUCCUGAGCUCAGGAAUGUUCAUCAUGGUGGUGCGCAUGUUCUCCCUGAUGUGCUCCAACUGCCCCACACUUGCAGUCCAGCUUAUGAAGCAAAAUAUUGCAGAAACGCUUCACUUUCUCCUUUGUGGAGCCUCAAAUGGGAGUUGUCAAGAACAAAUUGACCUUGUUCCACGAAGUCCUCAAGAACUUUAUGAACUUACUUCUCUUAUCUGUGAACUGAUGCCUUGCCUGCCAAAAGAGGGGAUCUUUGCUGUUGAUACUAUGCUAAAGAAAGGAAAUGCACAAAAUACAGAUGGUGCAAUAUGGCAAUGGCGAGAUGACAGGGGUCUCUGGCAUCCCUAUAACAGGAUUGAUAGUCGAAUAAUAGAGGCAGCUCAUCAGGUUGGUGAGGAUGAGAUAAGCCUGUCUACGCUUGGGCGUGUCUAUACUAUUGAUUUUAACUCUAUGCAGCAAAUAAAUGAGGAUACUGGAACAGCUCGUGCCAUUCAGCGAAAACCAAACCCUUUAGCCAGUACAAACACUAGUGGACAUUCAGAAUUGAAGAAGGAUGAUGCUCGAGCACAGUUAAUGAAAGAGGACCCAGAACUGGCAAAAUCCUUUAUCAAAACACUGUUUGGUGUUCUUUAUGAAGUAUAUAGUUCUUCAGCUGGACCUGCUGUUAGACACAAGUGCCUUAGAGCAAUUCUUAGGAUAAUUUAUUUUGCUGAUGCUGAACUUCUGAAGGAUGUGCUGAAAAACCAUGCUGUUUCAAGUCAUAUUGCCUCCAUGCUGUCGAGUCAAGACCUUAAGAUAGUAGUUGGAGCCCUGCAGAUGGCAGAGAUUUUAAUGCAAAAGUUACCUGACAUUUUUAGUGUUUACUUCAGAAGAGAAGGGGUGAUGCACCAAGUGAAAAACUUGGCAGAGUCUGAGGCUUUGCUAACAAGCCCCCCAAAAGUAUGCACCAAUGGGUCAGGAACGCUGGGAACCACUACAACCAUAAGUACUGGGACAGCCACUGCUGCCAGCAAUGCAGCUGCAGAUCUGGGCUCUCCCAGCUUGCAGCACAGCCGGGAGGAUUCCUUGGAUCUGAGCCCACAGGGACGACUGAGUGAUGUUCUAAAGAGAAAAAGACUGCCAAAACGAGGGCCAAGGAGACCAAAAUACUCCCCUCCAAGAGAUGAUGACAAAGUAGACAAUCAAGCUAAAAGCCCUACAACUACGCAGUCUCCUAAAUCAUCUUUCUUGGCAAGUUUGAAUCCUAAAACAUGGGGAAGAUUAAGCACACAGUCCAACAGUAAUAAUAUUGAACCAGCACGAACAGCAGGAGUAAGUGGUCUUGCAAGGGCUGCUUCCAAGGAUACCAUUUCCAAUAACAGAGAAAAAAUUAAGGGCUGGAUCAAGGAGCAAGCCCAUAAAUUUGUAGAACAUUACUUUAGUUCUGAAAACAUGGAUGGAAGCAAUCCUGCACUAAAUGUACUACAGAGACUUUGCACUGCAACUGAACAACUCAACCUCCAGGUGGAUGGUGGAACAGAGUGCCUUGUAGAAAUCCGUAGCAUUGUCUCGGAAUCUGACGUCUCCUCAUUUGAAAUCCAGCAUAGUGGGUUUGUUAAACAACUGCUGCUCUAUUUGACAUCUAAAAGUGAAAAAGAUGCUGUUAGCAGGGAUAUCAGAUUGAAAAGAUUUCUUCAUGUAUUUUUUUCUUCUCCACUUCCUGGAGAAGAGCCCCUGGGAAGAUUAGAGCCAUUAGAAAACGCACCUUUGUUGGCAUUAGUCCAUAAAAUGAACAACUGCCUCAGUCAGAUGGAACAGUUUCCUGUGAAAGUGCAUGACUUCCCUAGUGGAAAUGGAACAGGGAGCAGUUUUUCUCUUAACAGAGGAUCCCAAGCUUUAAAGUUCUUCAAUACACAUCAAUUAAAAUGCCAGCUGCAAAGACAUCCAGACUGUGCUAAUGUGAAACAGUGGAAAGGUGGACCUGUGAAGAUUGAUCCUCUGGCUUUGGUACAAGCCAUUGAAAGAUACCUUGUAGUUAGAGGCUAUGGAAGAGUUAGAGAAGAUGAUGAAGAUAGUGAUGAUGAUGGGUCAGAUGAAGAAAUAGAUGAAUCUUUGGCUGCUCAAUUCUUAAAUUCAGGGAAUGUGAGACAUAGAUUGCAGUUUUACAUUGGAGAUCACUUGCUGCCAUACAAUAUGACUGUGUACCAGGCAGUCAGGCAGUACAGUUUGCAAGCUGAGGAAGAGAGGGAGUCUACAGAUGAUGAAAGUAACCCACUGGGGAGAGCUGGGAUUUGGACAAAAACACACACCAUUUGGUACAAACCUGUGCGAGAGGAUGAAGAUGGUAAUAAGGACUGUGUUGGGGGUAAAAGAGGAAGAGCACAAACUGCUCCCACAAAAACCUCCCCUAGGAAUUCUAAAAAACAUGAUGAAUUGUGGCAUGAUGGUGUGUGCCCUUCGGUGUUAAAUCCACUGGAAAUUUACCUCAUAUCUACUCCACCUGAAAAUAUAACAUUUGAAGACCCCUCAUUAGAUGUUAUUCUUCUUUUGAGAGUUUUACAUGCUAUCAGCCGAUACUGGUAUUACUUGUAUGAUAAUGCAGUCUGCAAGGAGAUAAUUCCAACCUCAGAGUUUAUCAACAGUAAACUGACAGCAAAAGCAAACAGGCAGCUUCAGGAUCCUUUGGUAAUUAUGACAGGAAACAUCCCGACUUGGCUGACAGAACUUGGAAAAACAUGCCCAUUUUUCUUUCCAUUUGACACCCGCCAAAUGCUGUUUUAUGUGACGGCCUUUGAUCGUGAUCGAGCCAUGCAAAGGCUGCUGGACACUAACCCAGAAAUCAAUCAGUCAGAUUCUCAGGAUAGCAGAGUGGCACCAAGACUGGACAGGAAAAAACGCACUGUGAACAGAGAUGAGCUGUUGAAACAGGCAGAAUCUGUGAUGCAGGAUCUAGGCAGUUCAAGAGCCAUGUUGGAAAUCCAGUAUGAGAAUGAAGUUGGCACAGGCCUAGGCCCUACACUAGAGUUCUAUGCACUUGUAUCUCAGGAACUACAGAGAGCAGACUUGGGCCUUUGGAGGGGAGAAGAAGUGACUUUAGCCAAUCCAAAAGGAAGCCAGGAAGGUACCAAGUACAUUCAUAACCUUCAAGGCCUUUUUGCACUUCCUUUUGGUAGAACAGCCAAGCCAGCUCACAUUGCAAAAGUUAAAAUGAAGUUCCGCUUUCUGGGAAAACUAAUGGCCAAGGCAAUCAUGGACUUCAGACUGGUGGAUCUUCCCCUUGGACUUCCUUUUUAUAAGUGGAUGCUGCGACAGGAAACUUCCUUGACAUCGCAUGACUUGUUCAGUAUUGAUCCAGUAGUAGCCAAAUCAAUAUAUCACCUUGAAGAUAUUGUAAGACAAAAGAAAAGACUUGAACAGGAUAAAACUCAGACCAAAGAAAGUCUACAGUAUGCAUUGGAGGCUCUGACUAUGAAUGGCUGCUCAGUGGAAGAUCUAGGGCUGGACUUCACACUCCCUGGGUUUCCCAACAUAGAGCUGAAAAAGGGGGGAAAAGAUACACCGGUCACCAUCCACAAUUUAGAGGAGUAUCUCAGAUUGGUUAUAUUCUGGGCACUAAAUGAAGGUGUUGCCAGACAGUUUGACUCCUUCAGAGAUGGAUUUGAGUCGGUGUUCCCCCUUAGUCAUCUUCAGUACUUCUAUCCUGAGGAGUUGGAGCAGCUCUUGUGUGGCAGCAAGACAGACACUUGGGAUGCAAAGACUUUAAUGGAAUGUUGCAGGCCUGAUCACGGUUAUACGCACGACAGUCGAGCAGUGAAGUAUCUCUUUGAAAUUCUCAGUAGUUUUGAUAGUGAGCAGCAGAGACUGUUUCUCCAGUUUGUGACAGGCAGCCCCAGACUGCCUGUAGGAGGUUUUCGAAGUUUGAAUCCUCCCCUGACGAUUGUACGGAAGACAUUUGAGUCCACAGAGAAUCCCGAUGAUUUCUUACCCUCAGUAAUGACUUGUGUGAACUAUCUCAAAUUGCCGGACUAUUCAACUAUUGAGAUAAUGCGUGAAAAACUCUUGAUAGCUGCAAGAGAAGGGCAGCAGUCAUUCCAUCUUUCCUGAUCACAAUGAAAAAUGCAAUGUCUGCCUGUUACAGCAAAAGAGAAACUCAUGAUUCUUUUCUAAAUAUAUCACCUGAGUCAAGGAAACGUGUUACGCCUUCUUGUUGUAGAAAAACGGCUUGCAGAUUAUAAGCAAAGACACUUGGUUGAUAUUCAUUAAAAGCCCCUAUGGACUUAAAGUGAUCAGGCCCUAAAAGUUGUUGUGACAAGGUUUCUUUAGCAAGUUCUUGUUUAAAUUAUCAUUUAUUUGAUGAGUGAAGUUUUUAACUUGCUUUGCUGUGUGAAAUUUAAAAAGGGAUGUUUUUCCAGGCUGGAACAAUAAAUGUCGCUGUGCAGUUUAA